CACGCCGCGGUCCGGGCGGCGGGCGCGGGGCGCGGACGAGGAGGGGGCCGGGGCGGGGGCGGGCCCGCUCUCCGCUGCUCCCCCCGCUCUCCCCUGCUCUCCCCUGCUCUCCUCCGCUCUCCUCCGCUCUCCCCGCCUCCCGCCGCUCGCUGCCGGCGGGGCUGCGGGGCAGAACCGGCCGCCGAGCAUCCUCCGGCCGCGGGGCCUCGCUGCGCUCCUGGCCGGGACAGGUGCCCCAGCCCGGGAGCUUGCGGAGCGCCCGCCGCCUGCGGCUCGGGCGUAGCGGAUCCUUCCUCUCCGCUCCCGUCCAUCACUCGGGGGUCGAGGGCUGGCGGCGGGAGGACCCCGUCCGUCCCCUGCUUGCCCCCCCUCCGAAUCGAAGGGGACACCUCAAAGCUGCGGGAGAAGAUCAUGGCAACGUGAGCGAGCGGCGGAGCCUGGCCGGAGCCCGUGCAGCCGGCGGAGCGGAGCGGGAGCCGCAGCCCCAGCGCUGCUCGCGGCGGUCACGGAGCGGAGCGCAGCGGCUCCAGCCCUGCCCCAGCUCAACAUUCUCUUCUUGGAGGCUCUUUCUUUUCCUUUUGACGAUAAAGAUGAAAAGAAAGCGGAUAUUGGAGGAUUUGCAUUUUAUCUUUUUUGGUGUGCUCUGUCUCCUUUUCAUAGAUGGAGGUAAACUAGAACAAGUAAAAUAUUCAGAUACAUCCUGUGUGUUUCAAGAUAAGAAGUACCACGUAGGAGAGAGGUGGCAUCCUUAUCUAGAGCCCUAUGGCCUUGUUUACUGCGUUAAUUGUCUUUGCUCAGAGAAUGGAAAUGUUUUGUGCAGCAGAAUAAGAUGCCCAAGUCUACACUGUGCUUCCCCUGUGCAUGUCCCACAGCUGUGCUGCCCACGAUGCCCAGAGGACUCCCUUUUCUCAGUAAGCAGCAAAAUCACCGGGAAAUCCUGUGAAUACAAUGGCACCACCUACCACCACGGAGAGAUGUUUGUGGCUGAGGGGCUUUUCCAAAACAGGCAAGCAAACCAGUGUGCCCAGUGCAGCUGCUCAGAAGGAAAUGUGUACUGUGGAUUGAAGACUUGUCCCAAAUUAACUUGCUCUGUCCCAGUUUCUGUUCCAGAGUCCUGCUGUCCCGUUUGCAGAGGAGAUGGAGAAUUGUCAUGGGAACAUUCUGAUGGAGACAUCUUCAGGCAGCCAGCCAACAGGGAAGCUAGACACUCACACCGCUCCCACUAUGAGCUGUCACCCAGCUCUGCCAGGCAGGUCAUCAACAUCCCACGAUUUCCCAGUGCCAGGAGCAACCGUGGAGCCCUCCCAGACCCCCAGCAGGCCUCAGGGACCAUCGUGCAAAUCGUCAUCAACAACAGGCACAAGCACGGCCGAGUUUGUGUUUCAAAUGGCAAAACUUACUCACAUGGUGAAUCUUGGCACCCCAGUCUGCGGGCCUUUGGAAUCGUAGAGUGUGUGUUGUGCACCUGCAACAUCACCAAACAAGAAUGUAAGAAAAUUCACUGUCCAGAACAAUAUCCCUGCAAAUACCCUCAGAAAGUAGAAGGAAAAUGCUGUAAAGUCUGUCCAGAUGUGCCAAGUCAAACCUUUGACAGCAAAGAUUUCUUCUGUGGGAAAGAGACGUUUCCUGUCUAUGAAUCCGUUUUCACAGAGGAAGGAGAAACCAUCAGGAAAAUUGCAAUAGAGACUGAAAAGCCACCUCAAAUAGAAAUACAUGUGUGGACAAUUAGAAAAGGGAUUCUGCGUCACCUCUAUGUUGAAAAAUUGUCCAAGAAAGAAUUUGAAGGACUGCCUUACUUCAAGUUGAUAACAAGGACAACCCUUAGCCAGUGGAAAAUAUUUAGCGAGGGAGAAGCUCAGAUCAGCCAAAUGUGUGAAAGCAGAGUGUGCAGGACUGAGCUCGAGGAUUUGGUAAAGGUUUUGUACCUUGAAAAGUCUGAAAAGGGUCACUGUUAAGGGAGACAGCACUGGAGGGAAAAACACAAGAAAACUUAUGAAAACUUGGAUCUGCAGCUGGACUGCAGGCUUAUUUUGCUUAAGUCAACAGUUGCCCUAAACCCCCAAACUAUAAUGCAGUAAUUAUUCACAUCAUGCACAGCAAAUUUGCUGCUUUAUGUGUAGUGGUCUGUGUCAACUGCUCAAAUAUCUCCUCCAAAAGAGCAGAGGGCUCUGUGUUACUGCUGAGGGAGAAAGAAAAACUCUGCUGUCCUAGAGUUGCAUUUCUUCACAAGUUAAGAAGAGAAAACAGAGAGUUUAUGCUAUUAUUAUUUGGCAAGUUAUUCAAACUAAUGAAUAGAAGGACACCUAAUAAAUGUGCAGGAGCUAUGGAGAGUCCUGUCCUGAACUGAGACCAUUUCUGGUGUUGAAAUGACUCACGUAGUAGUGGAGGAAAAACACAAGUGGUACAAUACUCAUGUUGGAGACAUAAAAAGCAGAUUUAAACUAACAGACUGCUUAGCAGCCUGCCUUUGGGAUGAUGUCUUGUAGUUGAGCAAACAAAGUCCAUAAACUGCACAGCAGGUGUUAGUGGCAAUCACUGUAUUUUUGUAGCAAUUGGAGCAAAUGUUCGCUUUUAAGUGGUUUUCACUGUUUCUUCCACCCACUUUUCUAAAAGUGUAAGGUCCCUAUCAUAACCCUAAUAACUUCAUUCCCUAUUUACACACGCCCUUGGCUGGUAAACCACCUCCUGAAGUGACGUGGCAGAAGGUGGUGAAGCACUUGCAGUGUUUUCAGAACACCUAAAGCAUUCAAACUCACGAUUAAUAAUGCCUUAAAAGUUAUGACAGAACUUAAUUUAUUUGAUCUGAUUUGUUACAAAUAUAAUUGCAUUUUUCUGAAGCAAUUGUCAUGUUUCAAGGACAGCUCUCUCCCAUGACAAAACUAAACAGCUUUAGGCUUGUAGAGCACAACAAGCUUGUUGUGACCACUGUUAUCUUUGGGAAAAAACUCAAAUCUGAGAGAUUCUGUUAAAAUUAGUAUAGCAUGCCUACAGUGCAUUUAGGAGAGGUGAAUCUCAUCUGCAGAGUAUUUAUAACAAUCUGAAAACUGUUUUCACCAAACCCCUGCACUGCCCCAUGGCUGCAAUGUUGGAUUAAAUCCCAAGAUGCAAAAGCGUCUCUGCCUGCUCUUGCUCCCAUUUUCCACCCCACGAGCAGACAGGAACAGCGCUGUUUAAACACAGCUAGGAAACAAAGCUUUAUGGAAAUGGCCUGAGCCGGGGGCUGGGCCUUCACGGGGAGUGAAAUCCACAGUGACAACAAGGAUUUUGAGGUUUGUCAUUCUGCCAGUGACAGCCCUCACGGGUGUCCACAUUCCUGAAGGGAUGGAGCUGUGGGAGGGGUUGGCACUGAAUGCCAGAAGCCUUUUCAGGCAGAGCCUCGCCGUGGUGAGGGGAUCCUUGGCUUGGGCAGCAGAGCCUGGCAGGCUCCAUCCUCAGCACCAGGGCUCUCCCUGGCAUCAACCAGGACCUGGCAGGG